AUGAAACUUUCGUUAUCUCUCUCUUUGUCAUCUCGACGUUUCUCAUCUACAACAGAAUUUUCUACAUCAAGUUCAGAAUACUGGUUCAAAGCACAGCAAACACACGACUUUGUUGUUGGAAACUUGUUGACGUCUUACAAUAGCUACCGAGUCAAUACGACCAGUGAAACAGAUGUUGCUUAUGAAUGGUAUAACGCCAGUCAAAUCUACGCAGAUGCUGCUAUGAUUCAAGCUGGCGAUGCACGAUAUAUUCCCUACAUGAACAAAAGCUAUGCUUGGAUGAAUAACAUGUGGGACACUUUGAGUAGUAAUGGUGGUUACUAUGCAACUGCCAAUGUGGAUGGAACUGGUAGCGGAGGUGAUAAAUAUGCCGACGAUAAUAGCUUAACAGGUAUUAUUUAUCUAGAUGGCUACAAUGUGAGCACUGGUACCACGAAAGCCAACUAUUUGAAUUCGGCAAUAGCCUGUGCACAUUGGUUGAUGUAUAGUGGUCAAUGGGAUUCUGUGUAUGGCGGUGGAUUUUGGUGGAAUACAAUCCGAGAAAGCAAGCCAACACAAACGAACGGUUUAGCACUGCAAUUGUUCUUGGGACUCUAUCAAAUAACAGGACAGAUCUUUUAUCGCGACUGGUCAUUUUCUGUGAGAGACUGGUUAAUGAACGAAAUGUUCGACGCUACAACCGGUUUGUUCAUUUGGAAAAUAGAUGGACCGGGUACAGGUAUCAAACAUACUGAAAACUUCACCUAUGACAAUGCUAUAAUGAUCGAAGCAUUCUUGUUGUAUGCGCACAUUAUCGGAGAUUACAGCUAUAUUGCAAAAGCGCAAGCAUUAGGUAACAGAAUGAAUACGAUUCUUUGGAACAGCACCUAUCAAGUUUAUCUUUUCUACAAUACAAGCGAACGAAUAAAUCCGGCAUGGUGCGGAUGGGCAUCACAAGCCAUGAUAAAACUUUAUCUAUCCGAUGGUAAUACUACCUGGCUUGAUUACGCUCAGCAAAAUAUUGACUAUAUGAAUUCGAAACUAAGAAACACAACGAAUUAUGGUUAUUAUGCUUUCUGUGAUGUUGACGGAAGCAAUGUUGAUACAAGGCACGAAGGUGUCGAUCAAGCUUGGAUGCAACGAGUGCAAAUGCUUUUGUCUAGUUACAGAUAA